AUGGCUCGUACCGAAACUCGCGUCCAGACCGGCUCCGGACCGCCCGACCUUCGUGAUGUCAUUCUGCUGUCCUCGUCGCCCGCCCUGCCGCCCGCGCGGCCCAUGUCGUCUCUCCAAAGUGCCGAUACGUCCAGGCCAGCAUGGCAUGACCGGAGAUUUGAUCUGCCGCUGCUGAGCAGCGACCCUCCAGAAGCCGCGGCACGCAGCGGGCCUCCUCCGACUGGCGCCGCACAGUCGAAAUACUUUGCCGACCACCAAGACGUUCUGUCGUCUCUGCCUGCUUCUCAGCCGGCGGCUGUCGACCUGCUGCCAAUUCUCCGGGAAGAGCCAGCAAAGUACGUCAGCGGCGACCUGGAGUCCGCCCUACAACGCCGCCGUGAUUGGACACCGCCGCCCGCCGACACUGUGGCUGCCGCCGGCGAGAUCUCCCGGUCACAACACCAUGCAGACGACUGGUCGUCGUCGCCAGGCGAACUGGUGAACCGGCCAAACAGCGUCUUCAAGAGUCUUCAGACGAGCUUCGGCUGCAAGGAAGACGAGAGCCAACGGAGCAACCAUGUGGCCACAGUCACAAAAGAAGGCUCGUUUACGAAACGGAAAGCCAUUGAGGCGAUCUCCAUGGGCGAUGCCGGGCGGGCGGCAAGCAGGGAGACCUCGCCGACAAAGUCCAAGGCUCCUAAGAAGAAGGUGCGGACCCUGACAGAGCUGGCCGUUGCCGCCUACGCCGACUCGACGGUAACAAGUGGUGACGCCCUGGCAGCCACAUUGACGAAAACGACGACAAAGCAGACGACAAAACCACAGGUCGAGGGCGUCGACGAGAAUGUGCCAGAGGCCCGGCCCGAGGUUCGCCCCGGACUUCCCAUGUCCAAGCUGCGCAAACUCAAGACGGCGCGCGCAGCCGCUGCGGCCAAGAAGCCGAGAGGAAAAAAGGCACCAGCGCCACGCAAACCCGUGCUGUUGUCGCCCGCGUCCGCGCGCGCUGCAGCCACUCGACAGGACUUUCUGUUCGGCACAUCGAGCCAGCUGGCGACGGAGGCGUCGCCCACAUUUCUGCGGCACCUGCACAUGGCCAUGCAUGCGUCCAACCAGGACUCGGACGACGGUGACGACAACAGCCGCCGGGAGCGGAACCGCAUACUCGACAUCAUUGACGAAUUUGACUCGGACACCAGCCCCGACGUGAGCACGGUCGACCUGACCGGGCAGCGGACGCCCGGUCGUCUCGAAGUGGCCAAGAAGACGAAGACGUUGUGGGGUGCGGCUGCCCGGGGCGAGGACGGUUUCCUGAUUGACAAUGUGAUUGACCUGGAGGACGCCAUGGAGUUCCCCGAGGACCCCCACCAAGUCAUUGCCAUGGCGCAGCGCGCCGCCGAAGAGGCCAUCCAGAAGGAGGCUCAAGAGGAAGAGCCUCCUGCGCCUGCACUUGCGUCGACCGCAGCAGAAUCGACUCAAGCGACCCAGUCCUCCCGUGGAAACGGCAGACCGCCAGCCAAUGCAAAGGCCGCAGAGGCGGCAAGCACAGCUCAGACGGUGGUGUCUCCUGCUCAGAAAGGAACGAAGGCGACAUCAACAAAAUCAACAGCAGCGUCGAAGUCCAAAGCGAAAAAGGCGACGAAUGCGACAAAGGCAACAAAGGCGGCACAGGCGGUAAAAGCACACGACGCUGUCCGCCCCAACUUUGCUGUGCUCACGACCGCUCAGCUGACCAAGAAGGUGUCCGACUAUGGCUACAAGGCCAUCAAAGCACGGUCGGCCAUGAUCACCUUGUUGAACGCGUGCUGGGAUGCCCAGCACCCAACCACGGCGGCGGAUGGGCAACCGGCGCCAGUCGCUCUAGCUUCGACAGACCAAGUGGCGGCUCAAUUAGCCCAGCCCAAAGAUGCCACAGCACCUACCGGCAGCGAGUCACUACAGACUCAGCCGAAAGUGACAGCACCACGCGUCGCGCAACCAGCAGCAACCCAGGUCGCGCAAACUACACAGUCUGCAAUCCGCGGCCUAACGACAUCACCACGAGCGGCUUAUUUCCUGCCCAAGGGUACUAGAUCGCCCACACCUGCACGGACGGCCGCACUCCAUACCACGGCCAAAGCGACUGCCAAGACAACAGCAAAAGCAAGAGCAAGGGCGACCGCGACAGAAUCAGCAUUGCAAUCAGCAGCCGCACAAAGACGCAAGGCCACGAAAGAGUGUGUUGUAUUCGAGAUUGACGACUCGGAAUCCGACGGCCGCUUCUCGUCGCCCGAGCCUGCAGGUGUGAGACGUCCACUCACCGAAGCCGUUGCUGUUGAUGUUGACGAGGACGUCGAGAACGGCGAGAACGACGACGACGACAUUGUGGCGACCGACCUUGACGAGGACGACGAAAGCAACACCAUGGACAACGAUGAGGCCGACCUAUCGCUGGCCGACGCACCGCUCACCUACGAGCAGUCGGAGCUGUUCCGCUACAUUGCCACGGCCGUCACCAGCGCGCCGCCCACCAGCGACCCGGCGGCGCCGUCAUGGCACGAGAAGAUUCUCAUGUACGACACCAUCAUUCUGGAGACGUUUACGGCCUGGCUCAACAACGGGCCGUUGCGCGCUGCUGGCUAUGCGGGUGUCGAUGUGACGCCGCUCGACGUCAAGAAGUGGUGCGAAUCCAAGAGCGUGUGCUGCACCUGGCGCAAGAACUUGCAGGGCAAGGAGAGGAAGUGGUGA